AUGCGUUCGUCUCUCUUCUGUUGUAAGACACGCUUUAGCGCGCUGUAUCUCCGUCGCUUGUUGUUGAAGAAGAAGAAGAAGAAAGGUUUUUCGUGCGCAGAGUAUCGUUAUCAUUUAAAAAUCAUCAUGAGCGACAAUAAUAACAACAAAGAAAGGAGCAGUGAUGAAAGUUCUAAUAACGCGAGGAUAAAACAUUUCGCCGACGCGUCGUUUCUUUUCGCCUUCAACGACGACAACGACGACGAAAACGAGGGGGAGACGAAUUACGAAGAAAUCCGCGCGCUUUCCAAACGCAUGAAAGCGUUAGGAUGCACAAAAGUCACCGAAUCGUUCGCCUUAAAAACGAACGACGCGACGCACGUCGUGUGCCGAUCCGAGGAGGAAUACAACUCCUUGUGGGAAGAGUCGCAGAACGACGCGGAUUCGUUUUUUGAAUUCGUCCACGACGACGAAAAACGAGCACCACCUGUCAAGUGCACGUUUGAAUUCGCCAGGCGAAGCGUCGAGGAAAAAAAAGUCUUGGACGUGCAUUCGAACAUCUUGUUCCGACCACCGAAGACGUCGGAAAAGAUACUGAAAGGUUUGAAGAUUUGUCAAACCUCGUACACUGGGCCAAGAAGGAACGACGUGAAGUCGCUCAUCGAGCGGUUAGGCGCGGAGUACUCGAAGCCGUUCGAUAAAACGUGCACGCACUUGUGUUGUUAUCAGUUUGAAGGGAAGAAGUACGAGAAGGCGGUGUCGGAUGGGACGACGAUUGUCAGUCACGCGUGGUUGGAGGCGUGUUACGUGAGUGGGGAGAAAGUGGACGCUUCGAGGUACAUGAGGAGCGGGGAGGAGGAGGAUAGGUUGGCGCAGGAGAAGGACGUGGUGCCGGACUCGGAAGCCGAAGAAGAACAAGAAGAAGAAGAAGAAGAGAUUGAAGAUGCGAUUGAAGAUGUGGUGGCCGUGGUGAACGUAAAGAAGAACGCGCAGAAGAUGAAAGAGUAUAAUCUUAACAACAACGCGAGCGGUAAAAAGGGUGACGAGAGUAAUAACGAAAGCGCAAAGAGCGUUCGGUUUGAGGCGCUCAAGAAGUUGAACGGUAACAACACAGAAACGCAAGAAGAACCGAGCGUAUACGAGAUACGGGUGAACAAAGUCUCGGAAACGCCGACGGAACCGAGCGUGGGGAGAACGACCGCGCAAAAGGAGAAGGAGGAUGAAGAGACGGAAAUCCCCGCGACGGAGGCACAAGCGAGACCAUCAGCUCUUGCUCACGAAGGAGAAGAAGAAAAAGAAGAGGCGCCUUCAUCGGCGAAUUCAAAAAAAUAUCCGUCACCGGAUUACAACAAUCUCCCACCGGAGCAAGUCGAACGAUGCGUCCGUAACAUCAUCGAUCCAACGCACUCGAAAUCUUCAAACGAGUUCCAAGGUUUGCUCGCGGAUGCGGACGAUGUCGAAGCGGCGUUGAAUAACGGCGGAACGUUCGCGAUGGCAAACUCGUUUCCGCGUUUUGGCGACGGCGACGGUCCCUUGUGUAAAGAGACGGACGACGAUGCUUUCUUCGAGCUCUUAAUGGCUGGAAAAAUUCCAACGUUAGCAGACGAGUAUAAUAACCGAGCGAAAAUAGACCGCGUGUCUAAAGGCGAACGAGUGUUUGAAGUUUUGCGCGAUGUGGAAGAGAUUGAACACGACUUCGGUCUGCCAGAGUUAGGCGUCGAGUUGAUCGAUGUUUCAAAAGGUCAGCAUAAAGUACACCAAAGCCGGCGAGAAUUGAACAGUGACACGUUCAAAGCGGUGUGUUUCAAUGUAGAAACUACAAACGUUGGUGACGAUAAGUUUGACGAAAUUCGAGCGAACGCGUUGACGUGCUUAAACGAAGCAGAAAGAUAUGCUGAACGCGGACCACUCGGUCGCGCGGUGACGUCGCGCCUAGCCCUUGAACGCGCACAGAAUGGGACAUUGCGUGAUUCGAACACUAGCGACGAUCCAGAUGCACUUUUAGCGACGUUCGUGAACGUUUAUUUGCGCUAUGGGUACAACUAUACCCCGAGAGCCGUUCGAGAGAUGUUCAUGACGAACAACGGCACGAAGAUCAUCCAGGACUACAACUUUGUCGUAACGCUUCCAGAGCGAAGGCCGGGAAAUUUACCGAACGUAGUUUUAGAGUCGGUGGAUAGAACCAUCGGUCAAGUUGUUGCUGGAUUUUUCGAAUUGUUAGCGGGUCCGACGCAACCAGACCCGACGCAGCGCGUGCCGACGCAACCAUCGGCGAGGAAAGAGAAUAACUCGCAGCAGCUGCAACAGUCUCCACACGAAAGAUUAGACCUCACUCAACUCGCGACACAACUUGCGACGCAGCCACCUGCGGCGACGCAAACCUGGGAACCCACGAGUGAAGAUGAAGAGAACGUAGACGAAGAGGUACAAGAGGGAGAAGAAGAUGUCGAGGAGGAAGCUAUGCCGGCACGUGGGGAGGAGGAGGAGGACAACGACGACGACGACGACAACAACAAGGAAGAAGAGAGGGAUGAAGAACUGGAAGAAAUAGAACCUGACCAACACGAGCGAGCGGAAAAGAGAAAGCAUUACAUAAGCGGUUCUAUGGAGAAGUCAACCUCCAAGUCGAACAAUAGCGGGUAUAAGACGGCUCUGGACACGCAAGCGACAACAACAGUAGACGUCGCCGAAGCUGAAGAGGAGGAGGAAGCACCUCCGGUUUUGGAGCCGGUUCCGGCAAAGCGAAUGACGAGACAGCGAAGAGGCCAGUCGACUCGGAUUAGUGCACCUACGGCCGAGCAGCAACGCAAAUCGCUCGAAAUGUCCGCGAAAGAAGUCGUCGAUAAAUCUUCGGCCAAACGGAAGGAGAAGACGACGACGAAGACAGUUGCUUCGACGAAAUCUACGUCACUAUCACCACCAUCAGCGCCAAAAAGGAAGCGGAAAGCGGACCAGACGGAGAAGGCGGUGAUGCACAUAUCCGUCAAGCGGAGCUACAGCGCGCGUGCUACUAAAGGGACAACGAAAAGGCAGUCAAAUGUCGUCCGCGUGGCGCUUUCUGGUUUCAACACCGAAGAGCUCAAGAAGCGCGUAUCUGUUUUGAAGAAACUCAACAUUCCGUACUCUUCCUCCGGCCGCGAUUGGGAUGAAUCUAUCACGCAUGUCGUUUUUGGCGUUCGUGGUACGCGUAGUUUAAAGUUUCUCGCCGCUUUGGCGAGCGGUGCGCACGUCUUGAACGAAACGUACCUGGACGAGUGCGAGGCGCAAAACAGCUCGAAAGACUCGAUGCCGAUAAUCGAUGACAAGCACUUUUUCAAAGGCGGUAAAGGCUUGGAGAACAAGUUGAUUUGUGCGUCAGCAUCAAAGUUUUGGCACGGUUGGCACGCAUCGGCAUCGAAAUCGACCACAAACCGCGGCGCGGACGCGUCAUCGACAAUGAAUAGCUUGAAACCGUUUUCAAAUCUCGACGUCGCGGUGGCAUCCUUUGGCUCCAACGCCAACGCGAAAGGUGAACAUCAAAUGGUGUGCGACGUGCUUCGCGUUGGUGGUGCUAACGUAAAAACGAUUUCCGCAAACGGGGAUGCGAGUUUAACCGUCCACGCGACGAGGUCUCACGAAGACAAGAUGGCCAUCAGAGACUCCGGUGAUGAAGAAGAAGACGCCGUCGAUAUCAUCGUUUGUAACGAAGACAAAGCUGAAUCCGGACGCGUCAAAAAAGCCAUGGACGCGUAUCCAGCCGCACUCGUCGUUUCAUCAGAGUUUAUCAAGCGGUUUCUCUCCUCUCCGGGAGACGAUUUGAACGCAUACACUCUGUUUGAAACCACCGCGAACGAGAAAGUUGAAGACUCCUUGAUUAAGAGACGACUAGGAGGGCCGCACGCCGUUUCGCUCGGCGCCGAGAUGCAUAAGAAGCGAAAGUUCCACCAAUUCCCGGCUGGAAAUAAGGUUAGUAGUAACAAGAAAGCAAAGGCGAAGGCUCUUCCAAUACUUUCGAUGAGUAAAAACAAGAAACCCGGCGCGGCAGCUGCGAAGAAGAAAAACGCGCCAACUCGGGCGUUGGCCGCGAAGAGAUUUCCAGUAGAACAACUGCAACAGCAAACGCGAGGAGGUAGGCGCGCGACAAGAGCGCUCGGAACCAUAAAUUAG